AUGCCAGAGUUAGACUAUCUCACCAUUUCUGAUAUCUUUGCCACCGGUUGGGCCAGCCUUGACUUCUCUGGCUUCGAGACGGGAGAUACCGUUGCGGUCUUUGGGGCUGGUCCGGUCGGACUUUUAGCGGCUUAUUCUGCCGUACUUCGCGGCGCCUCAAAGGUGUAUGUGGUUGAUCAUGUCCAAGCCCGACUUGACCGCGCUGCCUCAAUUGGAGCCAUCCCCAUCAAUUUUGCAACCAGCGAUCCCGUCGCUCAAAUCCUGGCCGCCGAGCCGAACGGCGUUACGCGAUCCAUCGACUGCGUGGGUAUCGAAGCCCUGAACUCGACGCUGGAGCACGAGCCAAACAUCAUUCUGAACCAGAUGGUCAACCUUACCCAUGUCGGGGGCGGGAUCGGUCAGGUUGGGGUGUACAUGGCCCAACCCGACUCGCCCGGCUCCCCUCUCGGACCCACAUUCUCGCCCAUCGCUUCGUUUCCCCUUUCGGACUUCUUUGGCAAACGCUUGAAGUUCCAAGCGGGCCCUGUCGAUCCAAAGGUGUAUGCACCGAUGCUGGUUGAGCUUAUCAGUAGCGGUAAAGCGAGCCCUCAUUUCGUGGCUUCGGCAAGUAUCUCGAUCGAGGAUGUUCCAGCAUACUACGCCCGGUUUAACGCGCACGACGAAAUCAAGGUUUUCAUCCACUUUCCUUGA